GAUGCUGCACAGACCGGUCAGCCCUGGCAUGGGUGUACAUGUGGGCACAGCCCUGGGGGUACUGUGCUUCUGCCUCACAGGAGCUGUGGAGGUCCAGGUCCCUGAAGACCCAGUGGUGGCCCUGGUGGGCACUGAUGCCACCCUGCACUGCUCCUUCUCACCUGAGCCUGGCUUCAGCCUAGUACAGCUCAACCUCAUCUGGCAGCUGACAGACACCAAUCAGCUGGUGCACAGCUUUGCUGAGGGCUGGGACCAGGGCAGUGCCUAUGCCAACCGCACCAUGCUCUUCCCAGACCUGCUGGCACAGAGCAACAGGUUCCUGAGGCUGCAAGGCAUGCGUGUGGCUAAUGAAAGCAGCUUCACCUGCUUCGUGAGCAUUCAGGACUUCGGCAGCGCUGCUGUCAGCCUGCUGGUGGCAGCCCCCUAUUCAAAACCCAGCGUGACCCUGGAGCCCAGCAAGGACCGGGACAGUCACCAGGGCUACCCUGAGGCCGAGGUGUUCCGGCAGGAUGGGCAGGGUGCACCCUUGACUGGCAACGUGACCACGUGGCAGAUGGCCAACGAGCAAGGCUUGUUCGACGUGCGCAGCGUGCUGAGGGUGGUGCUGGGCGCUGAUGGCACCUACAGCUGCUUGGUGCGCAACCCCGUGCUGCAGCAGGACGCACAUGGCUCUGUCACCAUCACAGGACAGCCCAUGACAUUCCCCCCUGAGGCCCUGUGGGUGACUGUGGGGCUCUGUCUCAUUGCACUGCUGGUGGCCCUGGCCUUCGUGUGCUGGAGAAAGAUCAAACAGAGCUGUAAAGAGGAAAAUGUAGGAGCUGAGGACCAGGAUGGGGAUGGGGAAGGAUCUAAGACAGCCCAACGACCUCUGAAACACUCUGAGAGCAAAGAAGAUGAUGGACAAGAAAUAGCCUGACCAGGAGCUGCUGCCCCUGCCUGGGGGCUCCCACCCUCUAGCUGCAUUGGGGCCUCCAUGUGAGCCUUCCCCCAACA